ACGGAAGUGAGCAGGCGUUGCUGUCCCCGAGCAGAACAAGCCAAAUAAUGUUUUUCUUACCUCGUAAAAUGAAAGCAUGGACAUGCUGCUUAUUUGUAGCAAUAUCUUUGACUUUGGAGCCAGCGUUGGGCAAAAAGGACAGCCUGAAAGACGUCACCGAUGACAACUGGGAUGAAAUCCUUACUGGAGAAUGGAUGAUUGAAUUCUAUGCACCCUGGUGCCCAGCAUGUCAGCAGCUCCAGCCCGUGUGGAAGGAGUUUGCAGAGUGGGGAGAGGACAUGGGUGUCAACAUAGCCAAAGUGGACGUGACAGAACAACCUGGUCUGAGUGGGCGGUUUAUCAUCACCUCACUUCCUACGAUUUAUCACUGUAAGGAUGGUGUGUUCCGGAAGUACCACGGAGCUCGUACUAAAGAAGACUUUCUUAGCUUUGUCGACGAGCAGAAAUGGAGCGCCAUAGAGCCCGUUUCUUCUUGGUUUGGACCGUCUUCAUUUUUAAUGAAUUUAAUGUCUGCUUUGUUCAAGCUCUCCAUGUUCAUCCGGCGUUGUCAUAACUUCAUGACAGUUGAGCUUGGGAUUCCUAACUGGGGCUCAUACGUUAUCUUCGGUUUAGUCACUCUCUUUUCUGGACUUGCUUUGGGGCUGUUACUGGUGUUCAUUGCAGAUUUCGUCUUCCCCUCACAAAGAUUUUCUUCUGAUUACUAUCAGAAGAAACAGCCUCUGGAGCUCAUCCAGCAACAGGAUGAGGAGCACGAGGCCGAUGCUGAGGAAGAUGAUGAUGAAGAGGAGGAGGAACGGGAUGCAGACCAGGACGAGGUGUGGCGGCGGCGAAGGAGAGGGUCCCCCGAGGGCCACCCGGAACCAAAGGCACAUGGCUUGUCAGAUGAUUGUCUGAGGCAGAGGGUGGUGGGCAGCCCAGGGGAGGAGGACACAUAGGAGUCGCCAGCGCCAGAUAGCACCUACUGCUGUAAGAACAGCGCCGUGGAGUGGGAGGAGCCCCAUCCCAAGCAAGCAGUAUUUACAGCAGGGAGCUCUGCUCCCCCCAUGCCCCUCAGACCCCCCAGAGACUUUUCCUUCUUUCUUCUCCUUCCGUCUUUGCUUCCUUUUCUGUGGGAGCGCUUUAGACUCCCGCUGUCUCUGCCUGGAAAAACAAACAGUCCUGACAGCCCGUUUUCACUUUUGGAAGCAAAUUGCCUGCAGAAGGUUUGGAUAAAAGUAGCGCUAGAUUUUGCAGUGUUGUUUUUUUCUAUGCAUAAUUUUUUUAUGUGUGUUUAUUUCAGUUGAAUUGCAACACUCAGAGUUUACUUUUCAGUUUUUGUACACACAGAUAAGCCUGUCACAAUAAUUACUGUGUUGACUUAUAUUACCAUAUAUAGACAUAACCUCAAUAGUCCCCCCCCACCCACCCCCCAGGGUUGAUAUUGCCCCUCAUGUAUACACAUACAUUUGUUUAUGUAAGAAUGUCAACAUUUUAGUUGUAUGAUUAAAAUGCAGGGUUAUGGGCCCUAGUUUCCACCAUGAGGAGCUCACAGCACAGGAGCUAUCGCUAGUUUCCACCCAACACAAUUGUCAUCUUCAUACCCAGGGCCCGUUUCCUUUAGUACCAAUUACCUGCACUCACCUGUACACCCAUGGGUGUGUUCUGUAAGAAUGAGGUGAGGUCUGGUGCAAUCCUGCUGUAUUCCUUUUGUACAUCAUAAAGUGUUUGUGCUAAAAGAAGGUCUAAAAAUCUAGUUUGGUGUUUUUAGAGCGCAGCACUCAGACACAGCUUACAUAAGCAGGUUCACCAUACUCCUGUCCAUGACGAUGUGAAAUGGCAUAUAAUUGGAACACAAAAUAAUGACAAAACACAGAUGCUAAAACACAAUGUUAUUAACUGUGAUUUCAAUCACAUUUUAAACUGCUUUUCUGUGUGGACAUGAACGGGGGUGUCAGCCAUCAUUUGGGUUGCGAAAAAUUCUUUCCACACCUGCCUGCGUUCAUUCAGUAUCACAGUGUUGAACUACGCAUUGACUCCUGUUUAAAGGAGAUGACAGGACACCGUGGAUGGCUGAUGUUUUCUUUGCAGAACACCUACUGCAAAACCUUCCAUAGCAUGAGUUAAUGCCGCCCCUCUGCACCCAGCACUCAGAAUAUGUGGCAUUGAGAUAUCAAUGUGCACUCAGCCACUCCCCAAAUGGGUUUGUGUUCUAGACUGUGCACCACAGAUUGUCCAAGAUAAGGCUGCAUAAAAUUUGGGCACAGCCUCUAAACUGAAGGAAUGGG